AUGAAACAAGUAGGACUUGGACGUCUAACUCAACUGAUCUCUCUUUUCAAAUUUCCAUUCAUCUGCACACAUCGACAUCAAGCCUCGUUCGCAUGGACUUAUACUCUCAACUCGAAUUACCAGGCUGUCUUUUGCGAGAAGCUGCAGCGACUCAAACAAACGGCUAACAUGGAGACGUAUAACGGUAAAUACUCCGCGCUGACCUUCAGAGUCGAAGGAAUGAGCGUCGACCUGGCGCCGGUCUACGCGAAUGGCCUCAAAACACGCACGCGCAGUUACACCAAGCUUGAGAAGCUGACCCUAAGUGACGCAAAUAAUCUGGCUGUCAAGGACGAGGUGACUCACUUUGUGGAGGAUAUUCGCGAUCACCAUUUUCACAAAGAGAAUAAGCGACGCUCAGGCAACCGAAGCCAAGAAGUCGAGUAA